AUGCCAGAUGAGGGCCUCCAGGGUGUCUCGCUUGCCGUGGCAUUGAGUGGCCUAGGGCAGCACUGGAGGCAUCUCUCCGAGACCAAGGUGCGCACAGUGUCGACAGAUUAUUAUGACAAUUUCUUGAGCCACGCCUGGUUGAGCUCUGGAUGGCUGAAGUAUCUGUCGCUGCUUAUCCUUUUCAACGCAGAGGCCGCCAUGGUGUCUACGAUCCUGAUGUCCGUUCUGAUUGGUGUGCUUCGCAUGAUGGCCAUCCUGCCGAACAUGGUCUGGACGCAGCUUCCGUGCUAUGUAUUCUAUUUUGUGAUGCUCGCUUUUUGGCAGCCGAUACGUGGUAUUUUCAGAUCGCCUCGCGUCGUCUUCCUUGACCGUCUCUGCAUCCCGCAAGAUGACGAGGAGAAGAAAGCCGCAGGUAUCCGCGGGCUUGCUGGUUACUUGGAUCGAACACGCACCUUGACCGUCUUGUGGUCGAAUGACUACUUUGGCCGACUCUGGUGCGUGUUUGAGCUGGCCACUUUUCUCCGGAAUCGGUGCAACCGGACGAUCCAGCUCCUGCCAGUGGAGAUGUCCAUGCUCGCCUUUCUGAUAGGUCUCUGCUACAGCAUGGUAAACCUGGCCCACCGGGUCAUCAACGAGGCACGCAACAUCACCGGCCCUGAUUAUGAUGGUAGAAUCGAAACAGCCCCCUGGCUGGCCACCUUGAGAGCCACUGGUUGGGUGGCAGUGAUUGGUAGCCCUUUGGUUCCGUUCUACAUCUAUCUCGGCUUGGACUUCACGAUGAAACUUCGCCUCCUGCCCACGCAGCUGCACACUUUCGAUGCUCGAAAGGCUAGCUGCUACUGCUGCACGGUGGACCAUACGGACCCUGUGAGCAAGGCUGCCAUCUUCUGCGACCGACAGCUGAUCCUGGAAAAGCUGACGGAGUGGUAUGGCUGGUAUGGAGACCCCGAAGACUGCGAAGACACGGAUAAGGGGGUCGAUAUAGCGAUUGAGCAGUUCAACCACCUGGUGCGCAAGGAGCUCGCAGAUGUCUUCCUUGACAUGAUGUCGGGCCGAGAUGUUCUGUGGCAGUACAUCUACCUGUUGAUCGGCCUGAACUGUCCGGUUUGCACCUACCUCCUGGGCGACAUGGGCUUUCCCCCGGACUCGAUGGAAGGCUGGUCUCUGCAUUCGUGGAGAGCCAGAGAGUGCACCAGCUUUUGCCACAUUUUCCUGCAAAUAUUCGCAGCGGUGCAGUUGUUCUCGACAGUGUGGACUCUUGGGGCGAUAUAUCUCAAAGACCAUCAUCGGUGCAUGGCUGCUUUGAUGUUGACCCCCAUCCUGGUCGUCCUGGCGGUGGGGCUAUUCUACUAUCCGUUCCGGCUCAGUUUGGAACUGUCGGUUGACGGCAACUUUCUGCCGCCUCUGGCAGCGGUCGUUCUCGAGGCUCUUGUCCUUGUCGCAUUGAGCUACACGCGCCGAUUGGCCACGGCCUCGUUCACCCGAACGGCACUGGAGAGCGCACUGGAGCUUCAGAACUGGCAGAGUCUCAAGGAGCUGAGCCUGAGGUCAUCGGAGUCGGGGCAGGACGUUCCACCGAGCAUAGUGAACCAUGACGACGUCUUCAGCAUUUGA